AUGUCGGCUACGACCACCCUCACGACCACCACUCUCGUCGGAUCACCCACUGCUAUGACGAAUGUCUCGAACAAGCUCUGUCCGGCCUGUGGCGGCAGUGGUGACUGCCAUGAUCCCUCCGAGGUGCAGCAACGGAUCCUGGAGCUACAGGGACAAGUCCAGGAGUUAAACGAGCGCGCAGUGCUUACUGCCGGCAAACUCGCCGACUAUGAAGAAGAAGUCCACCGACUACGCUCAGCACACGCCGCUUACGCCUCACCUCGGAGCAGCUCCUCCCAACCACCAACAUCCUCCCACACAGACCGCGCCCUCUCACCGACCAGAGUCCCGACCCCCGUGUCCCCCGAGACACCGUUGCAUAUCUCCCCGCAAGCGCAACAGAGCCGCCUCGCAACUCUCACCUCCUUGCUUCCCUACCGCCGCAGCAGUGCCGCUACCAGCGCGCCUGUCCCGACCACCCCGACCGUGCCCAUCACCCCACUCCCGCAGGUGGCGUCCCCAGCCAGCAGCGACAAUACCUCCGAGCUGCAGGAUGCGUUGACACGCGAGCAGGGACUGCGCAAGGCGGCCGAGACGCAGCUCACGCAGGCGAGCUCGGAGCUGGAGGAGUUGACGGUUCAGUUGUUCAGUCAGGCGAACGAAAUGGUGGCGCAGGAGCGGAAGGCGCGCGCAAAAUUGGAAGAACGGGUUGCGGUGCUCGAGCGGCGGGAUGUCGAGAAGCGGAGUCGGCUCGAGAGGCUGGAGCAGGCAAUGGCCCGUGUGGAUCGAUUACGGGCUCUGGUUAAUAACUGA